GGGCGUGGGCACACUUUUGUUAUUAACAUUAUUUAGCAAAAACAGCAAAUAACUUCUGAUAAAAUAAAAGUCCAAAUUAACACUUGAUCCACAUGUGCUCCGCCUGCAUGAUGGAUGCUCCAUUUUGAGUUUACGAAGCAGUGAAGCCAAGUGGUGAUCCUCACUUGAAACAAGUAGCUUCCGCUUCCCAAAAUAAACUUUAUCCCAGAAACCUGUGGAAUUUACCUAACUAUUUUUGUUUAUAUUUUUAAAAGGUUACACAAUGGAAGUUGGUAUGUGGCGUGAUACUAAUCGGCCUAUUCUCAUUCAGAUGUCUGAUUCCUUGAUUAUUUGCGUAUGCGACUACUGGCAGCGGUGUCAUUUCCACAAUCGUCCAAGCCGGGAGGCCGGCGGCUCCUGUCAGGAAAGGAAAUCCUUAAGGAGGCUGAGCAUCCGCGUGGACGCCAUAAAUGGGAAUUACUACCUGCGAGAGUUCCUUCAGCAAAAGGAGCUGGCCCAGCGCCUGAGGAGCAAGCAUGGCGUCCAGUUGGUGUGGCUCUCCUUUGAGCCGCCGGAAACGGAAACGAUCGACUAUCGGUUCGCGGACAUGCUGGCACACACGCUGUGGGAGCACAUCGAGGUGGAGCACCUCAUGUCCUGGCUCUCCACCCUGGGCGGCGGCUUUUCCGCCCUCGGCGAGCAAUUCGAGCGAUGCGCAGAGACGGCCGGAAAGAUCUCGCUGCAGCAGCUGAAGAUUGGCAUGCGUCUUGGAGAUCCCUUCCUGCAGGCGCGCUGUAAGCUGUACUUCAGCAUCUCCCUGAUCCAGCGUGGUCAGCUCCGAGCGGCUAAGCAUCUGAUCCGAGAGCAGUAUGCCUUCGCGAGGAGAAACGUCGAAAAGGAUGUGCGCCUGGUGCGGAUGUGCCUGGGCAUUUGGCAGCGACUUAGCUACGAGUAUGAGCAGCGGCGUAUGCGGCGCAUGGGAAACUGAGACCCGAUUUAGGCCCCUUAAAUUAUGUACAUAUUGGGAUGUAGUGUCCCGGUGUUCCUUUUUGAUUAUGCAAGUUGUAGGUAAAAAAAAUUGUUUUCAAUAUAUUUAUUUAAUAUGUAAUUGUAUAUACGUAAAAAAUGCAUUUACAUUAUUCAUUUA